GUUGAAAUAUCCAACACUUGUAUACUGAAACCCUAGGCCUUUAAAAUCUCCCUGAAGCCGCUCAAUAUAAACCCUAGAAAUAGCGUUUGUUCUCUCCCUUCGUUGUUGUAGCCGUACUUCUGCAAAUCAUCAGAUCCCCAAAUUAAUUUUCAGCAGAAAUGAAGGUUAUCGCUGCUUACUUGCUUCUUGUUUUGGGUGGAAACACCGCACCUACAGCUGAGGAUAUCAAGGGAGUCCUUGGAUCAGUUGGAGCUGAUUGCGAUGACUCAAGAAUUGAGUUGCUCCUUACUCAAGUCAAGGGUAAGGACAUAACUGAACUUAUUGCAUCUGGAAGGGAGAAGUUGGCCUCCGUCCCCUCAGGAGGUGGUGCUCCAAUGGCUGUUGCUGCAUCUGGUGGUGGCAGUGCUGCUGCACCUGCUGCUGCAGAGCAGAAGAAGGAAGAGAAGGUUGAAGAGAAAGAAGAGUCUGAUGAUGAUAUGGGUUUCAGUCUAUUCGACUGAGGAAGUUGGCUUCUCUCCAGAUGUAGUCUCAUCUUCUCAAGUUCCAAAUUCUACAUAUUUGUUUCCUGGCGAUGUUUUUCUCUUCUUUUAUGUUUUACUAAUUUUGGUUUAGGUAGGGAAACCUAGUGAGACAAGUUUGGAAAGUAAUGUUGAAUUUGAAUUACAAAACCAAUUUUGUGAAAGUUUUGGUUAAAUAUUUCUGUUGUGUUCAUUACUCAAUUUAUUUGAUGUUGUCUGCCUGUUCUUAACAA